AAGACGACUUGUCACAAAAUGAGGAGGCGUUUCAGCAGGAAGGAACUGCAAUUCAAACAUAUCGCAUCUACUGUAAAGAGGUUUGGGGCCUCCUGGACUCACGAAAGUCACUUGAGAAAUUUUCACUGCUCACCUUCACAUUAGUUGCCAUCCUAGCUAUUGGAGAAUUCUCUUAUUUCCAAGACAGCUGGAUACAAUACAACUAUCAAGUUGACACAAAUAUUUCCAGCAAGCUCCAAGUAAAUCUUGAUAUCACAGUGGCCAUGCAAUGUGACUAUGUUGGAGCAGACAUGAUUGAUCAGACAGAAAUCAGGGUUGGUGAGUCUGGAGACCUUCAGUAUGAGCCAACCUGCUUUGAACUCACAGAAAAGGAGAAAGCCUGGCAGAGAACAAUACAAACUAUUCAACAACAACUCAACGAGGAACAUAAUCUGCUGGAAUUCCUCAUCAAGUCAUCAUUUAAUGGAACAACAAAGGGUCCAAGGGCUGUUGACUCCAAAGAUCCUCCAAAUGCCUGCAGGAUUCAUGGUUCACUGAAACUCAACAAAGUAGCAGGGAAUUUACAUAUUAUGGCUGGGAAACCAUACCAACUCUCAUUUGGCCAUGCCCAUGCACUUGCCACAAAGGAUCCUAAAGUGUACAACUUCUCUCAUCGAAUUGAUCAUUUGUCAUUUGGAGAACUGAGCCCUGGAUUAAUCCAUCCACUAGAUGGCACUGAGAAAAUAACAGAGACAAAUAUGCACAUGUUUCAAUAUUUCCUCAUCGUGGUACCCACUGAAAUAAACACCUUCAAGUUCUCCACAAACACCCAUCAGUAUUCAGUCACUGAGAAGGGAAAAGAACUAACAGGGAGAAGAAAGAGGUAUGAAGUACCAGGAAUUCUGCUGAAAUAUGACAUUAGCUCUCUUAAGAUCCUGAUAUCUGAAAAAGGAAUGCCCACCAGCCAGUUUCUCAUUCGCCUUUGUGGCAUAAUCGGUGGAAUUUUUACUACUGCAGGACUGCUACAUAAUUUAUGUGGGUUCAUUAUUAAUCUUCUUCGCUGCUAAUACACGCUCAGAACAGAUCAAAGAUUCUGCUUGACCUGGAGUGCCUCCAUCAUUUCCCAUUUCUGCUUCCAAAAGUACUUAAUUGGCAGUAAAACACAUUAGGUUGUCCUGACUUCAUGAAAAACAAAAUAAAUGUAAGGCUUGCUUUAAAAA